GGCGGUCGCCGAUUUAAAGUCACCAAGUUGGCUUAACACUAGUCUUAUCAAUGAUUUAACACCUAGAAAUAAUCAAGUGCCAAGUGAAGCAAUACAAAAAGCAACAAGUAUGCAGAAAUUUAAAAGCAAAACGAACAAUCCAGAGCUGCGAUCUCUGCUCCUCAUCGGUGUCUUCGCUGUCUGCUGUUUGGGUGUGGUACAAGCGGCACUGGUGCCUCCAAACAGCCAGCAAAUCUUCAAGCUGCAGAAUACUGUGAGUCUACAGGGCUUAAGUGGCACCGAGGAGACGAGAUACACCUUCGAGACCGAACUGAAGAUCAAUUCGGUAUGGAGCCAGGGCGAGGAUCAGCUGCUGGAGGUGUCCUUCAGCGGGAGUCGCGUGAGUGCGCCCGGCCUGGACCAUCAGGUGGAGCGUCCGAUUAGCCAGAUACCCGACAGACCCUUCUACAUCAGCCUGGUCCAGGGACAGCCGCAUCAAGUGAUUGCCCACACUGGUCGGGAUCAGUCCCUGUUGAAUCUGGAGCGGGGCAUCGCCUCCCUGCUGCAGCUACGCUUCGAGGGCAGCGAGGAGCUCGAUGUGUCUGGCCACUGUCGUGUCGCGUACAAUGUUAAAUCGUCGACGAGCUUGGAAAAAAGGAAGAUGGAUUGCGCGCUCUGGGAUCUGCGCGUAAACUACCAUCCGGAAGAGGCUCUCGGCGUAUCUCAGCUGUCCCAAGAGCAAGUCAGCUACGAGCUGUCCGCAGAUGGAGCCCUGCUGCGGGCCGAGUCUGUGGAGACGCACCGCCUGACCCUGGUCGCCAAGCCAGAUGCUGGAAGCACUGUGCAAAGCAGCCUGCUCCUACAGCAUGCGUACCAGGGAGCAGAAGAGGUGCCACAGCUUGAUGUACCCAGCCUGGAGGCGGCCAUUGAGAGUCUAUUGGAGUGGUAUCGCGUGUUUCAGCUGGAGGCGGAUGUGGACAGUAGCAUUAGUGAGCUAAAGCAGCAAAAUCUUGAAAAACUGCUGGCACAAUCGGAAGAUCAGCUGCAAGCCGAUGACGUGGGCAAAUCCUCGCUGGCCCUGCUGUACGUCCAGUUACUGCCGCUGGUACGCCUCACCAAGCAGCCGCAGUUCGAACAGCUGCUCCAGAAGCACACGAAAAUCUUGCCCCAAUUGGUGGAUCUGCUCGGAGCAGUGCAGACCUUCGAGGCCCACAAUGCCACCUUUAGUCAAUUCUACAGCGAUGCAGCGACCAAUACAGAGCAAUUGGAGCUGCUGGAGAAGUAUCUACAAUCGCUGGCCGUGGCCACGCAUCCAGAAAGACGAAUCAUCGAGCAUUUGUAUGGCCUCCUGAAGGUGGAUGCCACCAACAAGCAGUCAGCGCUGAGGGAAAGUAUCAUCCAAACGCUGGCCACGUUGACGCGACAGAGUGGCUUCGAUGGCAACGAUCUGCUGCUGCAGCAAGUGCGCGCUUUCCUCCUGGAGGGACUUGGCUCCAAGCAGCCCAUUUUGUACAUACGCGCCCUGCAGAAUCUCCAGGAUGUGGCCACUAUUGAGGCACUGCUAGAGCAGGCUCAGACACGGCAGGAGCCCAAUCUCGCGGUGGCCGCUUUACAGGCCCUGAAAUCGUUCCCUGCGAGAAGUUUCAAUGUCUCGCAUCGCCAGCAGUUCGAGAGCAUCUUCUACCAGCGACGACGACGCUUCGAUAGCUCUGCUCGCACCUUGGCUUUGGAUGUGCUGCUGGCCCUGCGACCCUCGGCCGAGCAGCUGGGCCACAUCCUCGACUAUUUAUCCUCAACAGACAGACAGUUUGAGAUUAAAACGUAUGUGCUGCAGAAGCUGGGCAUGCUGGCCGAGAUGUGUCCACGUUUUAGGGGACUCCUCAGGCAGGAGCUGGCCAAGCGGUCUAAGGUUAACAACUACCACGUAAUGGGACAAAAGGGCCUCACCACUGUCCUCAGGCGACAGCUCUCCCAGUCGCCCGCCUUCAACGAAUCGCUGCUUAGCACCCAGGAGGUGCAGCAGGGCAUCCUAAAGCGGGGUUCAGUGGAGUUUCUACUGCAGGCGGGCCAUGCCCAGGCCAGCAGCUUUAAGCUGGGCAUCUACACAGCCGGCCUGGGUGCGGUGGUGGGCGAUGGCGACGCUAGCGAUGAGAGCGAUCCCAUUCCCGCCGAUGAUGAGCUGGACAGCGGGGAGAGCGUCACCGCUGGCAUGGAGAUCAGUGUGCAGGGCUCUCAAUUGCGUCCACUGAUCUUUUUCAGCGGCCAAACAGAGCUGAUGGGUCAUGUGUGGGGCGGAACGGCUUCGGACUCGACGCCUGCGUAUCAGGCCACCACUUUGGCCCAGGAUCAUGAGCACUACAUAGUCCUGGCAUCGGGUGCCAGCCUCCAUUGGAGGGUACUCGGCGCCCGCAGUGUGGAUCUCAACGGAAAAGUGGGAUUCAGCUUGUGGAAUCGCAAUGCCCAGACGGAGAUACAGCAAAACACGGGCAGCGCUGUCGUGGGACAUGUGGCUGUGGGCUUCACCUAUGCGAAACUUGUGCAGGAUUUCACUUUGAGGCACGAACCGAAACUGAGUCUGCAGGCGGAUUUGGACUUUUACAGCGGCAUCAAGCUGUGCAUGCAACUGCAACGACCCGAACAGCUACUCAAGCAAACCAGCACUCGUUCGGUAUUUCUGCAAGAAGUGGGGCGGUCUUAUGCGAAACAUGUCCACUCCACAAUCAACCAUCGGACGCCCGGCUGCACUUUUGCCCUCAAUCAGAAGAACAAUGAGAUGUGCAACCUGAUAUUGAGCGAUUAGUAGAAUUACAAACCAAGAAACAAAAUGAGAUUUGAGAGAUUGCUUCCAUAACUUUUAUCAAUUUAACUGAAAUGCUAUGUAAAAAGCGCAGAGAUUAAGACUCGAUAUAGUUGUAAACUUGUAAGAACAAAGACAAUAUAAUUUUCAAUGCCAAA